GGAUACUGUACAGGCUUAAUUAAUGAGGAACUUGAACAUGGGAAAAAGAUCCUAUUGUUUCUGAAGCCUUAAUUAUUUCUUCGAAAUGUAAACAGCAGGUAUUCAGUGAACAACCUUAUAAGUAGGAGGGUGGAUGGACAAGGCAGGGCAGUCUUACUUAUGAACAAGAUUAAGAUUCCUGUCAUUUGAAAAUGAAGCGCUUUAUGCAGAUGCUCAGAAACUACCUGGCCAAACGCAGACUUAAACGCUUGGUGAGCAAGGAUGGCCACUGUAACAUUGAAUAUGGCAACGUGAGGUACAGCAACUUCUUUGCCUAUAUGCUAGAUCUUUGGACCACCUUUGUGGAGAUCCGUUGGCGCUUUGUUUUUGUCUUGUUUAUCGCCUCAUUCACUCUCAGCUGGUUCUUUUUUGGACUUCUGUGGUAUUCGAUUGCACAGAACAAUGGAGAUUUGGCAUGGCAACAUCCGUCAGCUAACCACAAUGUAUGUGUACGUAAUGUCUAUGGAAUGACCACUGCCUUCCUCUUCUCUUUGGAAACGCAGUCAACUGUGGGGUAUGGGGGACGAGAUAUCACCCCAAACUGCCCUAGUGCUAUUGCUCUCCUCAUUAUCCAGAUUCUUAUAGGAACAAUUAUUAACUGCUUCUGGUGUGGAGUGGUCAUGACCAAAAUUUCUCUACCAAAGAAAAGGGUCAAAACCAUAGCAUUUAGUAAGAUGGCAGUGAUCUGUCAAAACAGAGGAGUCCUCUGUUUGCAAUUAAGAGUGGCUAACUUACGUAAAUCGUUGUUGAUCGGCAGCCAGAUCUACGGAAAGCUGCUUAGAACAACAAUAACUCCUGAAGGUGAAACCAUCAUACUUGAUCAGGUCAAUGUUGACUUCAUGGUUGAUGUUGGAAAGGAUAACCUGUUUUUUGUUUGCCCCUUGACCUUAUAUCAUGUGAUUGACAAGACAAGCCCAUUCUUUGAAAUGUCAGUGGAGACUAUAAAUCAACAGGAGUUUGAGCUGGUGGUCUUUCUGGAUGGAACUGCUGAAUCCACCAGCAAUUCCUGCCAGGUCAGGACUUCUUACCUACCUGAGGAAAUUAUGUGGGGCUACAAGUUUCUACCCAUCAUUUCCCGCAGGAAGGACGGAAGGUAUCAUGUUGACUUUUCCAAUUUUGCCAGAGUAGAGCCAACAAUGACUUCCAACUCACCCAGAGGCAACAGUGAUGGUAACUAUCAUUAUCAAUGCCCCACAAAAGGCUUUGCUAAUCCUGGAUUUUUGGCCUUCAACAUUGACAAUUCUCUCAGUAGGAAAAUGUGA